GAAAGUAGCCAAAUUUCACUUAACCGGGCUUUGUAACACUGAGCCCGGCUGCGAGAUCUCUGACUGGUCGAUACGACCUCGUUUAGUAUAACUGGAAUCUGGCAUGCGAAAUCUGAUUAUGAAGGACACGGCUUUUUGCCAGGAGAAAGCCCUUGCAGCGAAGUCAAGAAAUGGAUACCACAGAUCGGAUCCCUCUCGAGACGAGACCCGGCAUCUUGAUACUCGGAGCCUCCAACGUUGGAAAACGCUCUCUUAUCUCCCGAUUGCUUUCAGUUGAUCUUGAAGAUGGCUCUGAUUCUUCGUCUGAACUAGUUGUUCAUGGGUGGACUAUAAACACCAAGUAUUAUACUGCUGAAGUUUCAGUAUGGAUGGCUCAUCUUCACGAGGACUUCUCUUUUGGUUCUCUUCCUUUUCUCGAGCAGUUGGCCGCAUUAGUCAUGGUUUUUGACCUCAGUGAUCUAUCAACUUUAGUCUCGCUUAAGGAUUGGGUGUCACGUAUUGAUCUUCAGAGGUUUGAAAUACUGUUGUGCAUUGGGAACAAAGUGGAUUGUCUUCCAGGUCAUCCGGUUCAUACUGAAUACAGAAGGCGGUUGCUGAAGCAUGGGGAAUCUUCUGCUGAUCUUUGUCCGGAUUUCAGUCAAUAUGGAAUUUCUGAAACUGAAGGAACUAGUUUGUUGGGUGAUGAAGAACCAUCAUGGGAGAUCAGGAGGUCAUGUUUGGAAUGGUGUGCAGAGCAAAACAUUGAAUAUGUUGAAGCUUGUGCUUCUAAUGUUGAUUUUGACAAAUGUUUAUCAGUGAAUGGCGAUUCACAAGGAGUUGAACGUCUCUAUGGUGCUCUUUCUGCUCACAUGUGGCCUGGAAUGAUUUUAAAAUCUGGUGAUAAGAUAUCUGGGCCAUCAUUACCUGAGAGAGAAGAGUUGUCUGAAGAAGAAUCUGAUUUUGAAUUCGACUAUGAAGUGCUAUCUGCGGGUUCAGCUGAGCCGUGGGAUGACAAAGAUGAAGUGUGGGUUUCAGCCAAUGGAACUAGCAAAGUCCUGAACACUGGGCAAUCGAUUACUCUGAAUAAUUCUGUCACAGAACAUGUCCCAGAGAAUGUAACUAAUUUUGAGAAUGCGGAGUUGCAACCUUCAACUUCAACAGGUGCUGUGGUGGAUGAGAUUGACAAUGAAGUGUUGCAAAAUGCACGAGAUCCUGAUUUAGCCUUGGAAUUGGAUAAGGGCACACAUUUUGACUUCGAGGAUUUGGAACAGCUGAUGUCUGAGAUAGGGAACAUUCGUAACAACUUAAGGUUGAUGCCUGAUUUUCAAAGGAGGGAAAUGGCUGCAAAGCUUGCUAUGAAAAUGGCUACUAUGUUUGGAGGCAGCAGUGAUGAUGAAGAGGGUCUUGAUUGAUCAAAUGUGCUAGUACUAUGUGUUUUCCCUUGUCACUGUUGGGCCUCGAGAAGAGCUGAUUUUCUGUAAGUAACAAUGACAUCAAUAUGCAGAGCAUAAUAGAUGUGCUUCCACUUGUGGGAUAUAUAUUUUGUCAUGUUUGUUAUCUGCUACCUUGUUCAUCAGAGAUUUGCAUUCAUUUUUUUUGGCAAAACUCGCAUUUCUGUUGUGACACUGAAAGUAGUAGGUUUGCUUAUAAUCUUAAUGGUUGACAAGAGGGAAAACUUGUUGAAUUUA